AUUUCAGGAAUGCCAUCGUCCCUUCGUUUUCUGCUUAGUUUGCAGCAGUUUCUCCAUGUUCUCUGCCAGCUCUUUUAUUCGGCUUAGCUGUUCUCUCCUUGCCUGCGAUUUAUUUGGUGCUGGGUUGCCUCUCUUCAGUUGAGGUUUUCUCCUGGUUUGGGUUUUGGAGAAAGAGAUUCAUUUUCUAUUUAUAUAUUGAUGGUUCCUCGAAAAGACGUGGCGGGCAUAGUUUUUUUCACAGUAAAAAUCAUUUUUUUUUCAAAUUGUUGGUUGCUUUUCUCAAGUCAAGACUGGGAUUUGUUCGCAUAGCUAUGGAGAAGAUAUGUGAUACAGUGCCAGAUUGUGGCUUUGGUCAGACUGAAAUCAAUAAAUGGUGGAAGCCUAAUGCCGAUUUGAUCCUGCAAAUUGGUAGAGCAAUAAGGGUUGCGCCUAUCAUCUUCCGGGGAAUCUGUGGAAAUGGGGUGGCCAUCGGAGAGCAAGUAGAUUCAGUCAAGUCUAUUCAAUUCAGACAGUUUAUCACUCAGACCGGUCAUCUCUCUCUCUCUCUCUCUCUCUCUCUCUCCCUCUCCCUCUCUCUCUCCCUGCAUAUUUAUGUUUUUUGUACAGAAUCUUAAAUCUCUCUGUCAAGCUUGGAAAAGAUAAAGUUUUGGACGUUGACAAGUAAUCCUUUUUACGAAAAGGAGAUCUAUUUAUAUUUUUCAGCGUCUUGAUUUUGCAAUUACAGAAUGUCCUCCAUUCUUUUAUAAGGCUUAGUUUAAAGUUCAGGGGUUUUAGCCUUUUGUUAAUUUGUCUAGAACAAAAGGUGUACAUUAAUUUAUUUAUAUUUUAAAUAAAUUCAUCGUACUAAUUUUGUUUUACUAGUGGUGGGGGAGUAAUCAAUCUCGCAUUUUUUUAUCUACAUGCAUGAUUGUUACAUCGACACUAAUUUUAUGGAAAGGAUUGAUGUGUGUAACUGGUAGCGAGUCACCUGUAGUUGUGGUCUUUCAGGAAGCAUGGAGCCUCGCUUUAAGAGAUCAAAUGCGGUCACCUACGAUGAAGGUUGUGCUCCUAAAUUACAGGACAAACUGUACUUGGGAGAUGCAAUUUCUGAGUUCCCAGCAGUGGACAAUAAUGAACCCCGUGACGAGAUGCCUUAUGGAACUGAUCCAAAAACCGAGUUUCAGAAGUUCAUCAGAUUAAGGGAAGAAAUAAUCCAAAGUAGCGGCAAUGGUGUGCACCGGUGACUGCAAUCCAGUGCCUAUUGAUAAAAUUAGAAAACCAAGUUCAGGGGAAGAUACAUACUGGAAGGGAAACAAACUUCCUGGUAAUUAUACUUUUUCAGUCAAAAUUACUUUGAUAAGGUAGAACCUAUUAUCUUUCUCAUUAAAGUAAAGAGACUUGAUGCAUAAGGUGUCCCCAUUCAAGUCUAAGCUUUUAAAUCUCCCACCAACUUAUUUAUAAGUUGUAUCACACUCUGUAUAGUUUUUGAGAAGGAAACGCAUUAAAAUUUCAUAAUUAUAUAUUGCGAUCCACGUUUAGUCUGCUUUAUUUGAGUCAAAUACUGUGUUAAAAUUAGAUAAGUCUUGGAAGUGUCCUUCUCAGGAACAAAAUCAUAACACAUGUGUCAAGACUUUUUGAAGCCCUUGCUCUGGUAACUUUUUAAACUGACUAUAUGAAAGUAUAAGUUUUAUCAGUACCCGGUAAGUUAUAUAUUUUUUCGAACUCUAGAAACAGGUUCUGCAAAUUGUUGCAUUUUGAUAAAAGCCCUGAUACUUGUGUAAUAUCUUAUCUGUAGGAAGUAGUAAUGACAUUAUAAUUUGAACAGUUUUGGUGUGUAUGUUGAUGGUCUUCUAUGAGCUCGAUGAUUGUUUUAGACUUUUUUUUAAGUGGCCAAACUUAUAUACUCAGAUAGUUUCAUCUUUACCAUAGCAUCUUGUGUUCUCACGUAGGUGUGUAUUCAUGGUCUUGGCUGAACUGGAAACUCAUGACACGAAGGCCUAAAAUGAUAUUCUCCCAAGAUUAUGCAAAAUAUAUAACAUAUCAUACAUCUCAUGUCUUGAUCUUUUCUUUUACAUUUUAAUGGUGAUAAGACAAUAUUAAUAAUAUAAUUUGAUGUACUUGGUCACUAAGGAUGCAAAUUCAAAUUCCAGGAUGUUAUGUAUCUUGCUGAAGAAGCAGGAGAAACCCAAUGUUGUUAUAAUUUGAAUAUUGUAAUUUGAAUAAUGAGUAUAGAACAAAGAAUACUUGAUCUUCUAUCAGGUUUUGCAAAUAACUUGCAUUUGGCUACAGAAAGAAAUGCAUCAAAUUAGAAAAUCUAGAAAUUGUCCUUGCUCUCAGCCACGGAACCAAAUGCAUGUCAUAUGGUUCAGGUUGAGCUGGGGAUAUGAUUACACACCCACAUCAGAAUACAAGAUCCUAUAGUAAAUAUAUUCUUUAAAGAUAUAAAUCUUAACCAAGCUUGCAUAUAAAAAAUUGCAGACGGUACAUUUCAUGUCUUAAUUUUAUCUUUUAUAUUCUAUUAAGGUAGUGGAGCUUUUUUUUAUAAUAUAAAUUGAUUGAUACCUAUUUUAAAUAUAUGCGAUAUUGUCCUUGAUUGGCUAAUCGGGCCAAUUUAUUGUUGAUUAUUGUAUGUUUGUGUGUACUGCUUGCAUCUUAUUCAUAGUAAUAUAAAAUUAAAUGAUGCCAACAGUUGGUUAGAACAAUGUGCAAGUCAUUUAGAGCUCCAAUAGCACUGACAUAAUAUUUGUAUUAUUAGUUUUCUUAACCCUAGAAAGAAAAGAUGUUUUUGAGUUGAGGUAAAUGUUAGGCUCUCUCAAUAAAUUUUGGCGGGAUGAGUUUAAGUCAUAUAAUUGGGUUUUGUUACUUACAAUGCCUGAGCUAUUAGCUAAGCAAACUGUCAUCCACAGGAAAGACAGGAAUGCAAAAAGUAUUUUCAUCCAUUCAACACCCUAAACUCCCAGUCUUUUAAAUGAUUGACAUCAAUAAAUUUAUGACGGAAUUGUGAAUUAUGUAUAUAUGAAUAUAUCACAAUUAAAAUAUUAUAA